UUUAUUGAAUCUUUUAUUCAUUAUCAUGGCUCAUGCGUUAAGAUCUUCUCUGGUCAUAAAGUAGGGCAUUAAAUGAGAAAUUAGGUCGUACAGGCUGAAAAAUACCGGUGGCUUUUUUUUUUUUUAAACGUGAUGCACUGUGGUUAGUGUAUAAAUGAGGACUUACCCUUUCACCUCCACCAUAAAACGUUGAAUCGGAAGCGUGAAGGCUCUGAAACAGCGCAGAGAGGCGUGAUACUGAGCAACAUGCAGAGCUCCAUGGUUCCACUGAACGCUCCUCUGGGUGAUGGCAGAGGAGCUGGGACAGUCGUGGUGAACAUGCCGGAGCAUCCACCCGAUUACGUGGUGUGGUCCAUUGCCAGCUUCAUCUAUGGAGUCCCGUGCUGCCUGGGCCUGAUCGCCUUGAUUUUCUCCAUCAAGUCCAGAGACCGGAAGAUGGUGGGAGACCUGAAUGGAGCGAAGGCGUACGGCUCCAAGGCGUUUUAUCUAAAUGGCUUCACGCUUGCACUUACCAUCAUCAUCAGCAUAAUCAUAAUAGUGGUGAUAGUAGUGCAGAGUACUAUGCCUGCUAGACCAUACCGAUAUUAUUAAAUGUGAUAUUUAUUGAAAGUUUGCAUGGGGGAAAAUCAUUACACAAGCAGCAUUAUCUCCCAGAUGAAUGGUGUGCUGUUGAAGUCCAACAAAAGUGUUGUGAACAAUAUAUUUGUAAAAAUGAAUAAUAAAAGAUUCUCACUGACCAAG